UAGAACGUGAGUAGAAACAGUUUAGUUAUUGAGUGCAGCGACGAGUUGAUUAAAUGUUACUGAAGCAAGCUGGAAUGAGUGGAGUAACACUACUUCCAUGAAUUGUUUAUAGAAUGGGCAGAAACUGGAAGUGAGUGAGUGAAAACAGUUCAGUUUAGCGACUAGAAGAUAGAGAGAUACAGAGAGUGUGAAAUAUUACAGCAAUGAAGUGUAUAUAAAAAGUAGAGACUGGGAGAGAGUGACUGUAAAGGUUUAGUUACUGAGUGAGUACAAGUGUUGAGAAAACAAAUAGAGAGAAAGCGGAUGGGAGGGAUAGCUAGAGUAAGUGGAACAUAACCGCUGAACAGUUCAGAGAGAAGACAGAUUGGGAGAAUGUGAGUGAAAACAAUUCAGUUAUUGAGUGAGAGCAAGAGUUAAGAAAACAGAGAGAGAGAGAGAAAGGGGGAGGAGCUAUAGUUCGGAGAAAUAACAUAAACUAGGAGAGUGUGAAUGAAAACAGUUUAGUUAUUGAGUGAGUGCUGGCGACGAGAAGAUAGACAGUUAAGUUAGUUAAAGUGAGAGAGAGAGAGAGAGCUAUAGUUAGAGUGAGUGGAGUCCAUGCCACAACAGGCAACAUUACCUCAGUGAGAGGGACGUCUUGCACGUUCUGCACUGGCACCGACUUGGAUGGCAAUCUUUACCGCCGAUGUGCAGCAAACAUGUCUAGCUUCAAACUGGGAAUUAUUAGACUAGGCAGAGCUGCUGGAAAGUCCAAAUAUGCACUGCUAGAUGAAAGAGAUAUUUCUUUAAUGGCCCAAUAUGCAAUUGAGGCUCGAGUCGAAGUAGACCGUGAUGGAAAUGGGGCCAAAAUUUAUGCUUAUGCAUAUGAUAUAAAUAAGGGUCGGAGUUCUGGUCAGUAUCUACACGAAUUGUUAUGGGAAAAACAUUGCGGUGGGAUUGCUCCACUUUGGAAAGUAAUCCAUAAAAAUGGUGUCACUGUAGAUAACCGGUUGGAUAAUUUGGCCCUAGUCAUGGAAUCCAGUUCAACAUACCCACUGGAUGAGCCGUCCAAUAAAGCCAACCGAGAACAGUCACUCUAUUGGAUUGCUGUACAGCAACUUCAACAUGAUCCUAUUGAAGAGCAUUUUCCUGAACCCAUUUAUAGCAAAUAUUAUAACUCUAAUGGUGAGAUUGUUGAAGAUGAAGGUAAGGGUCACCAUAUGAACUAUGACAGUUGUGUGUAUUAUGAAUGUCAUUAUCCACCUUGUACGAACAUAGAGCGAGAGAUACGAGAAUUCAGUAUAUGUGGCAGAUGUCAAGAAGUGAGAUAUUGUGGCACAUACUGCCAACAAAAUGACUGGCCAGUACACAAGCGACAUUGUCGAGAGAAACGAAAACUUUACAGUCUAGAGCGGCCUCCAGAACGAUAGUUACCAUGAAAAUCUGGUGAAAUCUUGUUCUUGAGAAUCCAUAGUCCUGCAGGUGUGACCUAAGUCUCUCUGGGUUGUGCACAUAUGUGAGGGAGGGGAAACAUCGAAAGGUCUAUCCUUAGUAAUCUACAUUAUAUCAGUGAAUAGUGGAUGGGAAAUUAUAAAAAGAGGGAAAUCUUUCUAGAUUAAAGGGGUUUUUUUUUUCUUUCUUCCUCUAAUAUUCUUAACCAUUGACUUCAUUCAGUUCACAACAUAUAACUAACCUAACAUGUUCCUUUACUUCUUAUUCUGCCGUUCACCUCAACUUCCGAUUUUUUUAUUUGUUUUACAUAUAUGCAAUAUACAUGUGUGCAUGGUUGUGUGUUUGUAUGUAUAUAUGCACACACACACACACACACAUAUACAUGUAUACUGAAAU